AUGAACCACUCACCUGAAGCUUGGGGUCGCCCCAGGAACGAUGUCUACGGUGCCUACGAUCACUCAUAUUUGCAGACCACAGGUCCCAAGGCCCAUACCUCAUCCCCUGCAGUGACGGGAACGUCAGUGGUGGGUGUCAAGUUUAAUGGCGGAGUCGUUAUAGCUACCGACAACCUAGCUUCCUACGGAUCCCUGGCUCGUUUCUCCGAUGUGAAGCGUCUGCGUACUUUCGGCGAUAAGGCAAUGGUUGGCUUUGGCGGUGACGUUUCCGACAUGCAAUACAUCGACCGUCUCCUCGACUCCAUGGAUAUCAAGGAGAAUUACUCGCCUCACGGCAACAUGCUCAACGCCAAGAACCUGCACACGUACCUUGCGAAGGUUUUCUACAAACGACGCUCUGAGUUCAACCCGCUUUGGAACCAUGUGCUUGUCGCAGGCUUCGAUGCGGAGGGAGAGCCCUUCCUUAGUUCGGCAGAUUUGCUCGGGACGACAUUCUCUGCUCCUCAUCUCGCUACAGGAUUUGGUGCUCAUCUUGCGGUCCCGAUCCUGCGCCGCAAGUUCCCUGAGGGUACCCCCUCGAACAAGUCAGCAAGGAAGACGCCGUUGAUGCCUUGA